ACGCGGAGUGUGAGAUGAACUGAGCCGUUUCCAUCGAGCACGGAGGAAGGAGACCCGCACGCACACCCGAAAGUAACACCGCAGACAUGGCUUCGAAUAACGGCUCCGCCGGCAAAUGGGAGGUAGUGAAGAAAGGCAAGAAAAGCAACGCGGCUGACAAGAAGAGCGGCAACGGGGGAAGGAAAGCUCUUGGCGAAUCCAACCAGCCGUCCAGGCCACCCCUGAAGAUGUCUGAGACUCUGUUCGACGGCUUCGAGAAGAUGGGGAAGAAACAGAACAAGGAGCAAGUUCCUCCACCAGCCGAGACUGCCAGCAAGAAGUCUUCGUCGAGUAAACCCACCAAGAAAGUGCAGCCCAGCAAUACGGUCACACCUGCAACUCCCAAAACACUCGAGGAAGCUCUCAAAGCUUUAGAUAUUGGGGACCUGAAGCAGCAGUUGGCUCGCAGUCAAACCCUGUUCCCAGGAAACCCUUCAGUGUGGGUCAAAGACCUGGCAGGAUACCUCAACCUCCAUCUGACUGCACCAGAGAGCGAGCCCACACUCAGCAGCUACGCUCACGACUACCCAUACUGCCUUACUGGAAAAGAGCUGAGGGGCGUCAUCAAAGGCCUGAUUGGACGCUGCAGCAAUAUUCUGCCAGAUUUCUUCGACCACUGUGUUUACACGAUGCUCAGGGAGCUGGACAGACAGUCAGGGGAACCUCUGCAUGGAUACAGAGUUUGCAUCCAGGCAAUCCUCCAGGACAAACCCAGGAUAGCAACCCAAAACCUGCCAGAUUAUUUGGAGUUGUUGCGUUCAGUUCAGAAUCGACCAGUGAAGUGUUUGACGAUCAUGUGGGCUCUGGGACAAGCAGGAUUUUACGAUCUCAGUCAGGGACUAAGAGUGUGGCUGGGUAUCAUGCUUCCUGUACUAGGAGUGAAGUCCUUGUCCUCGUAUGCCAUCGCCUAUCUGGAGAGACUUCUACUACUUCAUGUGAACCUGACAAAGGGAUUUGGCAUUAUGGGUCCCAAAGAGUUCUUUCCUCUGCUAGACUUUGCUUUUAUGCCUAAAAAUGCCCUGUCGUCCAGUCUGCAGGACCAGCUCAGACGUCUGUAUCCUCGACUGAAGGUCCUCGCGUUUGGAGCCAAGCCCGAGAGCACACUGCACACAUACCUGCCAUCUUUUCUGUCCCGAGCCACGCCGCACUGUCCGGACGAAAUGAAGAGAGAGCUGCUCAGCAGCAUGACGGAGUGUUUGUGUGUGGAUGUACAGAGUUUAGGGGUUUGGAGGCAGCUCUACACCAAACACUUACCCCAGUCCAGUCUGCUGUUAAACCACUUACUGAAGUCUUGGAAUAUCCUCCCACCAAAGCUGCGGAAAAACCUUGAAGAAACAAUCCAGUCUUUCAGAGUGACCAACGAAGAGAUGAUAGACUCUGGUGAAACUCAGGACCUUCAGGAGUGCAAUAACCUGUGCCAGAAUCUGCAGGUGAAGAUGCGAGGUCGCGGCUUCCCCUGGUCCAAACUGCUCAUGGUUCUGCUGGUGUUCGCUGCGGGCUUCAUCGCUCACGAUGUUCGAUCUCACAGCUCUGUUGCAGAUUCCGCCACAGCCAAGUACCUGCACACCUCAGGCGUCACGGCAGUGUCUCAGCAGGCCUGGAGCAAAAUAACGCUGUACUCCAAACAAGGCUUCGGCUGGCUGGAGAAGAACACUCCUUAUUAUUACUCUGAGUGCGUGCGAGUUGUGGGACCGUUGAUGGAACAAGGUUUGGAAAAGACGAAAACAGCAGCUGUGUUCAUCUCUGAAAACACCACCCAGUUCAUCCUGUGGGUGAAAGAAACCACGCCGCUGGUCAUCGACUGGGUGUACACCAACACCCCGGACAGCGUGUUCCAGCUGCUGGCAUAUUUGAAGGAGCUUCUCAUCCUCCUUCAUCAGAACUACGUCCUCCCGGCGCUGACGUACAUAUACGAGCUGCUGCAGCGAGCGUGGACCAACCUGCAGGAGUCCUGCAAUGGCGAGGUGUCCGUCUCGUGUCUCCAGGGCCACGCGCUGGCCUUCACCAACUCCACGUGGCAGCUGCUCCAACACACCACCUCCGCCAUCAAGACGUGGGCCCAGGAGCUGCUCACUCGAGGAGGAUAACGCCGCAAAAAAACCACACACAAGAUAUGUAGACACACAGCGAGUUCUAUACUGUACGCACGCACUGAUCCGAAGCGAGGCUGCCUGUCGGCGUGCUGGCUCCUCUCUCCUCUCCGCUGCUGUGAUCGGACUCCGCGGGGUCACAUGGAAAACAGACUCACUCUGUCUCUUACUUUGGCAAAAUCCUAUCAGUUUGCUGUUGUAAUGAUGUUUGUUUUUUGUUGUUUUUUUUCUACCGAUCUUUUAGUCACUGCUGGACUCCAAGGUCAAAUCUUUCUCUCUUUCUGAGUUUUCUACUGCAAAGAUUUCCGCUGUGGCUUUAACCACUGGGUUAGAGCUGUAAUUUAUAGAAAUUAUAGGUUUGUAGAUGAUUUUUAAACAUUUUUAUUUAAAGAAUAUAAAAAAAUAUAUAAAUAUAUAUGGUAAAGAGCAGGGAAAAGACCAAAAACCUACUGGAACCGGUGAAGACAUGUCACGGCCACUUCGGUUUCAACAUCGUGCCCCCGCUCAUGAAGUCAGACGCAGUGUGUGCAGGAUUUACGCCAUCGCCGCCACAAACGGGAAGGACAACAUGGGGAAGGAGUCCGGUCUGCCGGUGGACCGACACCUCCGCAGGGUGCGACACCAGGGGGCCAACCUGAAGGAGAACGAAUUCACCUGCUGUUUUGUCUCGCUCACUGCCUCGUCUCGUCUUUGCUGCUUCGUCUUUUUUUUUUUUUUUUCAUUUCAUAGGCAUCAGGACUCCAAAUUCCUGAGCUAAAGGAGUCACAGCGGCUGUACAUGAAGGUUCUUGAGAUUCUCUACGUGUGUGUUUCUGUGUUUGUGUGGAUCAACAAGCUUAUUCUCGAUAAUAAUUGGGUCAUAAUUAACUGUGCCAAUGUCCUUCUCUCCACUGAAACGAGAGAAAAUUCCUCCCUCCUCCUCCUCAUUGAGCAAGGCAGUCAUUUCUGACCAGCUGAUUCACUGUCCCGCUCCUUUUACGCAAGAUGUUUGGAUGGAUACGGCAGCGACUAAUGUCUUACUUUGUAAUGUAAAUGAUUUAUAAUAAACGAUUCAACCCCACUUGCUGUUUUGUUUAU